UGUGUACGCAACUCCGUAUUGUCGAAAGUGAUUCCUUUCAUGAAAAGUAUGGAGUUAAGGAAUUUGACUGCUUCAUUACGUCUUCUGGUUUUAGUUAUCAACUACGCUGGGUGCAUCAACGACUGUUGCAUUGACUUCUUUCAUAACAUGGUCAUUGCGUGGGCGUUGUUUAUUUAUUUAAAAUCGACAAUCAGCUGGAUUAGAGGAUCUUGGCGAGAUCAAGUUGUCGUUGGUGCUGUGCCUAGCAACCGUUUGUACAAUCGUCUACUUUUAAAUAUGGAAGGGGCUAAUCAAUUUAGAAGAGGUGAAAAUCUGUGUCGCCUAUCCAUGCAGUUAAAUACCGCAUUUUCAUUUUCAGAUUGUCUGGGUCAUAGCUCUUUUGCCUUAUAUUAUUGGUACGGCAUUGCUGAUUCACUCAUUUGGCCUCCAUCACCAGUGUCUGCUAUUACCUGA